GGUUCAGGUCCGGAUUUCAUAACUUUUCGACUCCGCGACAUUUUCUUCUCGGUAUCGUCUUUUGGCGGGCGAGUGCUCAGCUAACGUUGGUGGUGAAUGUUUUGAAACCUUUGCAGUUGCCGCUUUACGCUUAUUGCCAAUUUCGUUUACACUACUAGUCUAGCUAUUUACAACAAUUUCAGUAAUGGAUAUAGUCGAAUCGCGAGAAGAUCUUCAGACAAAAUUUGAUCCACAAGCAAAGAAACGCUGGGUUGUUAUUUUCAUCUCAGCUUCAGCAAUUAUUUCUAUUUGUGCCAUCAUAACAGUGCUUGUUGUGGCAAAAACAGAAACUAUAACUGUGUUGAAAGAUUGCCAUGUUGAAUUCAAAGGUGAUCCUGUUGGAAUCAAUGAAUGCCUGAAGUCACAUUGUAGAUUUGAUACCGAGGUUUGUUCAUCUCCAUGUCCAUUUGGUUAUGAGACAAAUGACAGAGAUUGUCAGAUUAGUUGUGAAUGCGCAAGCGAAGGUGUAUUUGAAGGAGAUAUAAGAUUUGAUAUGGAUAGUCUUCCUACAUUUUUAAAGGACUAUGGCUACGUUGAGGAGAAUUUUGAUUCAGGUAGAAGGAGGACUGAAGCAGUAGUUUCACUCUGGGGCAUACAGUCUGAAGAUGGUCGACAUAAUAUUCCUUAUACUAUUAGUGAGAGGCUUUCAAGCAAAGCUCGAUCUGCUAUUGAAUCAUCAGCUAAAAAUUUAUCAUCGAUAACCUGUGUAGAUUUUGUUCCCCGGAAAUCAGAAGAACAACACAUUCGAUUCGUUUCCAAGGUUGGAUGUUGGUCUGGUAUUGGAAAGAGUGGAGCAACUCACGAUAUAUCAAUAGGUGUGGGAUGUGAAAAUGAAGCUUCCGUCUCACAUGAGCUAAUUCAUGUACUUGGUUUCCAUCAUGAACAAUCUAGACCAGAUAGAGAUGGCUAUGUUGAUAUUUUGUAUGAAAAUAUAAAACCAGCCUUCCAAAGUGCCUUUGCCAAGAGGGUUAAAAGAAGUCCAACUGAUUUUGAUGCUGAAUAUGAUACAACUUCUAUUAUUCAUUUCUCUGGACGAUACUUUAGCAAAAAUGGUCAACCUACUAUUAUGGAUCGCUCAAAUAAUGAACCAGUACAAGUUGAGAAAAAAUAUCUCAGUCAUCAAGAUAUUUACAGAGUCAAUAUUCUAUUCAAGUGCUUGCCUGAAAAACCUGUUGUGGAGUGGACAGAGUGGGGUAAUUGGAGUGCUUGCGAUAAAACAUGUGGGGAAGGGGAGAAGUCAAGAUUUCGAGUUUGUAAAGAUGCAAAGGAAGAAAUUGUUGAAGGAUGUGAAGGUGAAAAAUCUGAAAGAAUUGAUUGUGAAAAUGAAGCUUGUCCAGGAGAAUGGAGCGACUGGAGUGAAUUUGGUGAUUGUUCUAAGGAGUGCGAUGGUGGUUUACAAUGGAGGAAUCGCACUUGUAAUUUGCCAGAUAUGUGUGAAGGAAAGGAUUCUGAAGGUUCUGAUUGCAAUACUCAAGCUUGUGGAGCUGAUGCUAACUGGCAACAAUGGUCGUCCUGGAGUGAAUGUGAUAAGACUUGUGGAAGUGGUAACAUGACAAGAAGACGUCAGUGUCUCGGUUUUAAAAAUGAAAUGUCCAUUAAAUGCGAAGGUAGUGAAGGUAAACCGGUUAUUGAAGAUAAACAAUCAUGUAAUACAAAAGAUUGUGAGCCAAAAGAACCAGAGGGCGAUGGUUGGGAUGAAUGGGGCCUUUGGUCAAGCUGUUCUCAAACUUGUGAAGGAAACAAAAGCAGAGAAAGAAGAUGUAAAGUGGAAAAAUGUCAAGGAAAUUCUACUGAGAUAACAGAUUGUAAUACAGAAAAAUGUGAAAAAGAUCUUUUUUCUGAAAAAUCUAAAAAAUCAAAUGCGUUAUGUAAGCAAUCAUCUUUAUGGAAUCUUGCUGAUUUUAAUGGAGAUGAAAAAGCAGAUGCAUUGUGUAAAAAUCAGGAUGGAAAAUUUAAAUUAAGUCAUGGUGAAGGAACAAAUAGUUUCAGUUCUGUCAGUUGGCAAGGAGCUCUAGCAGGAUGUUCGAAAGGAUUAAGAUAUACAGGAGAUUUUAAUGGUGAUGGGAAGUUUGAUUUACUUUGCAAAGAUAUCACAAAGAGGCGUCUGAGUAUCAAGUUUGCAACAACAGAAGGAAAAUUCAAUGACAUAGCUACAGAUGCAGGAAAUUUCUGUGCAGAUGAAGACAAAAUUCUAUUAUUAGUUGAUUCAAAUGGAGACGGAAAAACAGAUUUAGCUUGUGAUGAGAAACAAAAGGAUGUUAUUAUAAGAUUAAACACUUAUGAACCAUGAUGUGACUAAUAAACAGAUAUUCUAAUUCAAUUCGCACUUAUAUAGUUUUUGUUUAUCGAAGUGGUGAUUCUCGAGCAGUAAGUAUCAUGGUUAAGGCGAGAAUCCAGGCACAACGCAGUUUCGACAUGAAAUAUUUUGAACUACGCCAUGGCCCAUGGUAGAAAAAAGAAAGUUGCUGAAACUUUAAACGACAUUGACUUCAAUUAAAGCAAUGAAUUACUUUGUUGAUUAAUUUGAUUUUGCAUUAAUUUUAUUUCGCAUUAAAAAAGUGAAUAACUUACUUCAAAGAUAAUUUCAACGUUCAUCAAUUCAUUUUGAUUUAAACAUUCUUGCAUCAGUUUCAAAGGAAGUACCGGUAGUUAUCUGUGACUUGGUCAUAUUCAAUGAUGUGUGUAUUAUUAACAUGUGAGGGUAUUUCACAAUCAUUUGUAGUUGUGUUCCUGCUAUUCUGUCUAUAUAUUUAAUUUAAUAUUUCCACCUAGUUCAGUUAAAUCACUUUAGUUCUUCAGUAUUGCAUUGUCAAGCUGUUUCAUAGGAUUUAUGCUAGAGGUAUAUUAAAGUAUAGCUUAUAUUAUAACAGCUGUCACAGUGCUUUAUUUCAAAAAGUUGAGAGGAACAGUUGGUUCGUAAUUUUGUCUGAGAGUAGAAAUAAAGGCAGCGCUAGUCAACAAAAUUCAUUGAUAUGUCUUGAAAUAUGUUAUUUAAAAAUUCAUUUUUUAAAUUUAGAUUUUAUUGUCUAGAAAUUUUAUAUUAUGAUAAAUUUGUUUCACAAUAUCAAUUGCUAUAAAAAUUCAAUGUAUCAAUGUACUGAUUUUUUUUAUUUGCCAAUUUUAUUGCUCAGUCCGUUGAAUAGUCUAUGAUUUGACCAUUCUCAGCUGUAUUUUAUUUUGUUUUUCUACUUUUAGUCAAUUUAUUAUUAGGGCACUAGAUAGAAAAUUUGUCUUCGUUAUGAAACGGAUUAUAAUUUCUUGAUAUUGAAAAACGAAUACACAGCGUUUUGAAAAUCAAAGAAAUGAUUUGAGUCGCUAUGGAGUGUUCAUAUCAAUAUAUGGCUUCCUGAGGUGCCAUGACCAUACUUAAGGGAGCAAGCUACAAGUAUAUAUUCUAUAACCCAGUUUCAAG